AUGAUUCUAAUUCAGAUUCAAACUUUCUUCUUCACAGGAACAAACAUUAUAAACAACAAUGAGUUGAGGAUCGUGAUGGUGGGAAAGACUGGGACUGGGAAGAGCGCUUCUGGAAACACCAUCCUGGGUCGAGAGUGCUUUGAAUCCAAAUACAGUGGCAAGUCCCUGACUGUAAAAUGCUCUAAAGGCUCCAGUAAUGUGGAUGGACAGCAGGUUGCUGUCAUUGAUACUCCAGGUCUGUUUGACACCAAGUUUGGAGAAGAUAAAGCAACUAAAGACCUGAGUCAGUGCGUCUGUUAUGCUUCUCCUGGACCCCACAUCUUCCUGGUGGUCGUUCCAGUCAGCAGACCCACAGAAGAAGAAAUAAAAUCAGUGCAAAAGAUUCAAGAAAUCUUUGGAGAGGCUGCAGACAAAUACAGCAUGGUUCUGUUCACUCGUGGAGACAACCUUGAAGACACCACCAUUGAAGAUUAUUUGUCUGAAAGCCCAGAGCUGCAGGAUCUGGUGUCCAAAUGUAACAACCAGUAUCAUGUCUUCAACAAUAAGAUGAAAGAUAAGAAACCUCAAGUCACUGAGCUGCUGGAGAAGAUCAGAACCAUUGUUGAUAGGAAUGGAGGAAGUCACUACACCAAUGAGAUGUUCCAAGAGGCUGAGAGGAAAAUCGAAGAGGAGAAACAACAAAUCCUGAAGGAGAAAGAAGAAGAAAUACGUAAAGAGCAAGAAGAACUGGAGAGAAAAAUAAAAGAAAAGUAUGAGAAAAAGAUGGAGAGAAUGAAGGAGCAAUUCCAGACUGAGAGAGAGAGGGAGAAGGAGGAGUGGGAGAGGACGAAGAGUAAAGAGAUGGGUACAUUCAAUGAGGAAAGAAGGAGUGAGGAGAAGAGGGAGAUAGAAACU